AUUUUAUUUCAUCAUGAAGUUAGUUAUCAUCAGUCUCAUUUUCGUGUAAUAAUUACAAUUAAAACAAACCGCGAUCAAAGUUUACUUAUUCGUGAAUCUUUACAAAGAAUGCGUUUCUUUUAAUCGUAUCGUGAAUUAGUUAAAAGUACAGUGAAACGUGAAUUAUAAAUAACAUUCGUUUUUAUAACAAACAGCGGUUCAAAAUGUCCAGCUUGUCGAGAUCUCCUACGGAUCGAAACUCAGGCAACAAUUACGUUAGAUUCCGCGUGUUUUCUCAUCAUAAUGGAGAUUGUCUGCAAGAAUUUGCAAUCAAGUUGAAAGAAAUUACUUGGGAUAACUUUCUGCGAUACUUGUUCGGAUCUCAUACGUUCGAAAGACAUCAACCUACGAUCAUCUUACUCGGCGAUAAACACAGGAUCGUUUUGCAAAACACCAACAUCAAGCAAUUGAUUCGAGCCGGUUUAACAGAAUCGAGGACAGGAAGCUAUGUGAAUUUAUUGGUUCCCGAUUUCGAUAAAUAUUUCUUUCCUUCGAUGUCUGCUCCUGGUCAGCUUACUUCGAACGACGAUGAAAUAAAGAGAAAGAAAACCGAUGUGAAAGAUUUCGCUGAGAUUUUCUCCAAACGAAUGGAUUUACCUACGAUGGAUAAUUUCGUUCAGAGCAUGCCUCAUGUUAAUUUCAUGCGUGAAGAAAGAGAAGAAGCUGUUCACGUUGAAAUGCCUGCUCGUGAAAACACCGCUCAAUUGGGAGAAUUGCACGUGAAACUUUUGAAAGAUGGAGAUUUAGCUAGUCUGCUGAAAGAUGGAGCUACGUUGAUUUUACCCAGUGGCGAGAAUAAAAUGGUGUCUGUAAAGUUCAAUAAUGAUCAAUUGCCGACGUUCAACGAGACUCGUUGUAAAUACAGGAACUUGAAUUUGGCUUACGAAUGCAGCGAUUUGAAAAUACCAGUUUUGUUGGACGAUGAUGUCAAAUUCUUGUUUAAUCGAGAUGCCGAAUUCGUUCAGAAAAUGGCGGAAACACUGGAAACUGCCGAGCAGAAACAGAAAGAACACAUCGUUCGGCUGAAGAAAUUCCAGGAAACCAUGAAAAAAUUACGAACGGUCAACGAAACGUCGACCGAAGCUCCAGCUCCAUCUCCAUCGACCACCACCGCUCCAAUCCCAGCUCCUGUUCCAGCUUCACUACCCGAAACGCCAGCAACUGCAGCUUCGACUCAAGCGACACCCGCUGCCCCUCAGCCCGACCCGGUCAUCCCAGCCACUUCGGAAGGAUCAUCGAACGAAGGACCAGGAGCCCAAACGGCAUCUCUUAGAGUCUUCCGUAGACCGCAUCGUUCGGCUCAAAAACGAAGCAAACGAUGCUUGGCUGCUGCUGCAUUAGCGAACGGUGUUUUAUCAUCGGCUGGCAGAUUUGGAUCUUCUGUAGCCGAUAAUCAAUGCGUCGGUAGCUAUAAUCGUGAUCGUGACAGUAUCGUUGCUGCGUUGCAAGAUCUAUCUCUGGUGAGUGGAUCGCAAACGAGAUGUCCUGGUUUGGCUGCAUCGAGCUAUUACCCUAGACCGCAGGUUACCCUUAACCCUGGUUUGAAUACGGUUGCUAACGAUGCUCAAGAGAGUGCAUCCGAUCCUCCGGCGUGGUUCGGUGAUAUGUUGGAUAAAUUCAAAAGUGAAGUACUACAAGAGGUGAAGAGUAUGGUGAAAGAUGUUAUAGAUACGUCUGUUCCGGCUCAGUCCGCCAAUGAUUUGAAAACGUCGCUGGAAUCUAAUCAAGAUGACGAUCAGUGUCAUUACAAAGCGUUAGAUGGAUCUUCACCAUCCGGCAAACACAAACACCACGGCGGCGGCGGCGGAUCAUCGAAGAAGAAAUCCGGAUGCUCAAAACGUGGCGGAGGCGUGGUCCCUGUUAAUACAGAAAACAAAACCGUGACGCCGUAUACCUUUUCAGAGAGGAUUUUGGAAAUAUCCAACAGCCUUUUCGUGUACUCGAAAAGCGGCUACAAAGUUCGCAUGCCCCGGAAUGCAUCGUUGACCAUACAGAUCCGCGUUGGAAAAUUGUCCAAAUACCGUAGUUCGUUGGAAGAUAUCGACUUACGCGUGCAGUCGGUUUCCAAUUCGAUCGAAUGCUGCGUUAAACCAGCCGCUCCGGUGUCCACUGCGGGUAAAACGGCGCCCACGUUCACUUCGGCUAAUAUGGAUCCUCCGAUUAACUACGACGUUCGUAUCAAGUCUAAAGAUAAAUCUGGUAAAUUCAGAUUGUACUUUAAUGUCAUCGCUGGUGGUAGAGUUAUUGGACACGCGUUCAAGAUCGACGUUCGCGUCAAGAAAGAAUACACGUUGCCUUUCAAUGGCUCGGAAGGAACAUUGAACUACGAAAACGAAGUGCUAGCUGUUCCGCUCCCAGAACCGAACCCGAUCCCGAUCCCAUCCACAUCUUCCGGCUCAGGUGUGACUUUCGCCGAAACGCAGAAAUCCGCCUCAGAAAUAUCCGAAGCCGUAGCAGCCGCAGCAGCCGCCGUUGUUGAACUGGCCGACGAAGGUAUCGGAGGCAAUCAGGAGGAUUAUUUAUCGUUGACGUCCGAUUCCGAAUACUCGGACGUAUCGGACUCGAAACCGGAUGCGUUACUCAAAGACGAAGGUAUCGAUACGUGUUAUCGUUCGAUGGUCAACUUGGAGAACCAGUGCCCUCAUCCCCAUCUGGAUUCAAAUUCCGAUACCGAUUCGUCGAUUAGCUUCUUGAUGGACGAGAACGAGGCCAGAGGAGACGAGCUGGAUGAUUCGUUGGAUGUGGUCCAGAUGCCUAGUUGUUUCAUUCCGAAUGCUGAAUUGACCGAUGAUGUAUUGCCCGUUCGUAUCAUACGUAAAGCUUCUUCCGUGACCAAACGUAUCGAAACCGAACAGCCACAACAGCAGCCAGAGAAUUCCAAACCAUCGGCCUUCGAUUCGAGUACCUUGACACCAGUUUCGACUGCUUCGACCAACGUUGCUGCUUCUGCUAUCCCUUCGGCUCCGAUCACGACACCAGCCGUUACGAUAUCCGAUGACGACGACGACGAAGAUAACGCAGACGUAUCGUUCCUGAACGAAUCGAUCAAAUCGGCGGCCGUUGAUCACGCCUAUCACCGAUCGCUGUAUCCGAAUUUACAAGGACUGAAAGAAAGCGUUCGUCCUGUUGCAUCCGGCACCAACGAUGCUGCCAAAGCUGCCCCAACAACAUCAGGACCAAGUGCCUCGGAAUCGCCCAAACAACAACAAUCUGAGACUGGAGCCACAGCUGGAGCCAGUUCACCCUCGUCUGAACCGUACCCGAGUAUUUUACCGGAUAAGUUAUUCGAAAUGUGGAAGAACUCGGUGCCUAUCCCCCAACAAAUGCAGGAAACCGUAUCGUCCGUCUUGAGCUCGGUCUCGAAUGAGAUAAGUAACGCCGCUAAUGCCGCUCGUGCCGCAGCUGCAGCCGCAGCCAACAUCGUGCCCAAUGUUCCGACACCGCCUGCACCUGCCUCUACGGCUCCUUCGUUCCGGGAAACAUUGAAGAAAGCCCACGAAUACGCUUACGAGGCUGCAGCAGCUGCCGCCAAACAAGCUGAGAUGAAUUACGCCGCUACUGUCGCCCGUGCCGAGGCCGCAGCGGCGGCCAACAGCGUGCCCAACGUUCCGACACCACCUUCCCCUACGGCUCCUUCGCUGCUGAACGAAUUAACAGAGAGAGCGCGGGAAAACUUAAAGAAAGCUCACGAAUACGCUUACGAGGCUGCAGCAGCUGCCGCCAGACAAGCUGAGAUGAAUUACGCCGCUACUGUCGCCCGUACCGAGGCUGCAGCUGCGGCUAACAGCGUGCCCAACGUUCCGACACCACCUUCCCCUACAGCCCCUUCGCUGCUGAACGAAUUGACAGAGAGAGCCCAAAAAUACGCUUUCGAGGCUGCAGCAGCUGCCGCCAGAAGUGUCCCGAUACAGCCUACGUCGCCGUCUGCCGCAUCUUCUUCCAUAUGGAACGAUAUAGAUAAAGCUACGAAUUACGCUCGUGCUGCUGCUGCUAACUUUAUCCCCGAUCCUUCGGCUUGGGCCAACAAACCGCAAGAUUCGAAUGUUGCUGCCGGAGCAGCCGCCGCUGAAUCGAAACCGUCUACGAGUCAACCACCGGAGGAAAAACGCCAAAAAAGUGUAUCUUUUACGAUCGAAUUGGAACAGCCGCAGCCACAGCAGCCGCAGCAAGCGCAGCAAACUGGCCAAAGUGGCAACGCCGCCCAUAUCUCCUCGAUGUAUAUGAAUCUCUCGGAGCAAACGCAUUCAGAUCUGCGUACCUUACACGAUAUGGGAUUUAACGACGACCCGUAUAUUAUUUAUUUACUGGAACUGUUCCAUAAUGACUUGGACAAAGUUAUAGAAAGUUUAAUUCAUUAUUCUGGUUAAUAAAGAAUAGAAAAAGUAAUUGCAACCCGGACGACACCUCUGGUAGAUCAUUUUGACGAAGAAUAAUAUUCAACUUUCGUAUUCCCUCUUUUUUUUUGGUUCCAUAUUUUUUUCUUAUAAUUUUUCCCCUCUCGAUGAUGAGUUAGAUUUACUAUACAUAUAGGAGUAUAUAUCUCGUUUGAAUGUUUUCUUACUUUUAUUUAUUUUUUCACGUCCGCAUCUUUUACGUAUUUUUUUGGGGUUUUGUUUUUCCUUUUUUUAAAUUUAUUAUUCCCUCUUAAUAUUGUUACUUUUUAAUAUUUAGAUCAAUGAUUAUGUUUAGAGGGUGCUUGCAUUUGACUUUUUUUUGAGUUGAUUUAUAAUAACCGUAUACUUUGGUUAUAAUUAUUAUUCUAUGCAGUACUUUAAUCUGGUAUUAAUGUGCCACGUCAUUCUUCUGGUAUCUGAAUUAUUUUUAUUAUUAUUAUGGAGGGUAAUUUUAGAUGACCUAAAUAAUUAUAUUCUUAUUUUAAUCGAAUAUUAUGUACAAGUAUGUAUCUGUGUGCUUGAGUAGAAUUAUACGUAUAGUUAUUUUAAUAAAUAAUAAAUGUAUUGUUUUAAUUCA